GCAAUACUGUUCAUCGUCAUAUUUAACCUUCAGUUUACCUCAAAAGUCACUCUUUGUCCGUUGUGGUACAAUUUCCUCUUUGACCCGUGCCUUUGAAGCCUUUCCAGAACACUCUAUGCGUCAGCCGAACGCUCGCGCUGAUAUUUCAGCCGCGGCGCGCGCGCCACAGCAGCACGAGCUCCGAACGCGCGGCGCUGAGACCUUCCAUUACCCCUUUAAAAACGAACCGCCCGGUCACGUGACCAGGAGCCGCGCGCACGUGUAGCGGAGCUCAGGGAGCGACGGAUGGGGUACGGCGCGCGCGGCUGGAGACAGAGCGGCGCUUGUCCGCGACACUCCGCUCCUCGGCGCGGUUUUUGCGGCGUCGCUGUUCCCGCACAGUUGGAGCGAAUGGUAUCGGAGGGAGCGAGGGGGAAAUGGAGCGCUAGCGGGGUUCGUGUCAAGUGCAAAAAGGGGGGCGAGAUGAGCUGUUACGAAAGAGUCCCGGAAAUCGUAUCUGCGAGAGCGAGACACAUCCAGCGGGUCAGAUGUUUCGAGCUGUAAACGAGCAGCGUCUCUUCGCUGAGGCGAUCAGCGUAAGCUGAUGAAAAAGCGAAGGCGACGGGAUCCGCAUCCGUAGAUGACGGCAAAAAGGGUCUGACAAAUUAUCACGCAAACGUGAGAAUGGCCUCUGACAACCUGCAUCUGCUCUCGCAGUUUUUCUUCUAGGGUGUGCUCGGGAGUUUCUUUUUAAAACGGUGCUUGCUGUGAUGUGGAGAUUCUGAGGUGCGCAUCUAGACCUAGGUGACGAAAUACAUGGCAUGAAACUGUAUUUCGAAUGACGGGUCUUUCAGUGACUUGGACAGUGAAGGUAGGCAUGGAGACAACGUUCGUGGCGUUCCCCAAAAGAACAUGAGCCUGGACGGGCGCUGCUCUCCGCUGGUCGGCACAGCGACGUCUGUGAAGUUACCGGCUGAUAUGGCACCAAAAAUAUCCUCACCUGCAGUGACUGUUCUAAAGAAGCAGGUAGAGACUGGCUUGCUUGAGCACAAUUUUGAGGUUGAGUGUUCCUCUGCAACUCCCUGCAUCAGUGACUCAGCACAGGUGUGUGAUUUCGCCAAGCAUCCAAGUAAAGUGCCUUAUUUGCCCAGGAAAGGAGGUAAAAUAGCACAGAAUUCCAGAAUGCUCAUGACGGACAGAGCAAAUGGUGACACGCUGCUCAAACUGCAGAGGCAGAUGUGCAAAGGCAACAGAGAUUCUGAUGAACCGGAUUCAGCGGGCGUGGAAGAAACAACUUGUGGACUUGCGAAGCACUCACCACCUGGCUUCAAAAGGAGGAAGCUGGAGAGUGAUGAGUGUAUGAGAAUCACAAGGAGCCUAGUUUUACCCAGCAACAACAGUGAAAAGCACAACAGUCCACAGUCCAACAAUUGUGAAAAAAGCAACAAGAAAUUGGCCGAAAUUCCUCAAGAAACAAAAUCGACCCCAGGACCACAGUUAGGUGCAUUGCCAGCAGAACCAUCUGCAAUCCCUACCUCAAAGAUGUCAAUUGACUGGUCAUCAAAGGACAUUGCCCAGCAGUAUGUCAUCCCUUGCAUGAAGAACUAUGGUAUCUGUGUGAAGGACAGUUUCCUAGGAGACGAGUUGGGGGACCGGGUGCUGAAGGAAGUUGAGAUGCUGAACCAGAGUGGAAAGUUCCGAGGAGGUCAGCUAGUUAGCCAAAGGGCGAUCCCAGCAUCCGACAUUCGGGGGGACCAGAUUGCCUGGGUGGAUGGCUGUGAGACAGGCUGUGAGAACAUCGGGACACUCAUGGUUCAUAUUGACAAAGUCAUCAUGUACAGUGCCAUGAAUGGACAGUUGGGCAACUACUGUAUUAAUGGUCGUACUAAGGCAAUGGUUGCUUGUUACCCUGGCAAGGGUGCAGGAUACGUGCGGCAUGUGGACAACCCUAAUGGUGAUGGGAGGUGCAUCACUUGCAUUUAUUAUCUAAACAAGAACUGGGACAUCAAGGUUCACGGUGGCCUGCUUCAGAUCUUCCCAAAAGGACAGUCUGUUGUGGCCAACAUCGAGCCCCUUUUUGACCGACUACUCAUGUUCUGGUCUGACCGUAGGAACCCUCACGAGGUGAAGCCUGCUUAUGCCACCCGAUAUGCUAUCACUGUCUGGUACUUCGAUGCCAAGGAAAGGGCUGAAGCCAAAGAGAAGUACAGGUCUGUGGCUGCCAAGAAAGGUGUUCAAGUGCCUGUAACUCAAAGCAGGAACACCUAGUGCUGGAGCCUUGAGUAUAAAAUUGCUGUUGACAUGGAUUUGAUCUUAAACUGGGCAUAUAUAAAAAGUUGUGCCAAGGCUGUGAUUUUUUUUCUUUUUUCUUUUUUCAGGUUAACUUUGAUGUGGAAAAAGUGCCUCGCUCUAUACAAGCUCCUGGCUGGAAAUGCAAGUCUCUUAACAGUGCUCAUGUUUUUUUCAGGCAUUCUGCUAUUUUAAAUGUGUGCAUAUAGAUGUCAUAGAUGUAUAAGGUUUCCAUGGCUAACAUAACAGUGAAAAAGUGACAUCAUGUAAAUACACACACACACACACACACACACACACACACACACUG